CUAGAUUUGGCUAGAUAUAUAUAUACACUGUGUAAUUUCUCAUUCGCGGUAUACUACUAUUGAGGCGUUUACUCUCGAAGAAUUUGAAGCCGAAAUUGACGAAAUAGAUCUUAUAAUGGCUGAGGAAAUAGAAUCAGAGGGAGGAGGAGAUGUGUGUCUGUGUAUUUGCAAUUGUCCUUCCACAGAAGAAAUGAUUGCCUGUAUAAUGGCAAACAAUGCUCAGUCGGGUGGUUCCACACGGAAUGCGUAGGCCUAGGCCCGUCUACAACAAGCAAAACGGGUUGGAUGUGUGGAAACUGCUCUCCUGUCGUCAGUGCUACUGCUGAACCUACACCUACAAAGUCGGGUAGUAAAUCCACUGGAUCUAAAACAAAGCAUAAACCAACGAAAUGGAAGAGCCAAUACUAUUUGGAAAAUGCUGUUUCCGAUGCACCUGAGAUACUAGCGUUGGCAUUUAAAAAGGUUACUGAAAGCCCUAUGCUGCAGCUGAACCCAGAUAUGGCAAAGCAAAGAAACAGUGCAGUGAUGGAGUUGCAGGCAUCGAAAUCAGUAUUUGAAGCUACUGCCAGCACAUUGAUGACCAGCCUGUGGGAAGUUACAAGCGAAGCUGAAAAAAAGAAGACCACAUCUGAAGGCCUGGACAAUGUAUGCAGGAACUUUCAUGUUUUUCACCUCAAUGAAAAAUCGAACAUAUUUUUAGGUCUGGGGCCUUUUUAGGGUGAACAAUAAGGUAUAUUUUUUCGACGUCUCGAGGAGGAAGCAAAGCCAAUUCUUGCAAUUUCUCAAAUCAAAAGUCUUCGCAAUGUAAAUUUAAAACAAAAACUAAGUGAAAGGCUGAACACACGAGCUAUUAAACUAGCGUGGGAGUGGCUGAUCGGCGAGACAGCCAAUGAAUCAAUUGUCUCAACUUUGUUUAGUAAAGUUAUUGCUUGCUAUAUAGACAUAAGAUGCAGAGCAUUUGUAGAUGUGUACAUAAUGGAUAGGAAGAAACGAGAUGCAUCUAUUGGAAAAAAGGGU